AUGUCUGCCGUCAGUCGAAGCUUGCGGUCCGCCUCCAAGCAGCUACGAACACCUCGGCUUGGUGGUGGUGUCCUACCUCUUGCAAGUGCCGCCGCUGUCCGCUCGACAUCAGUCGCUGCUGCCCGCACAUGCUCAACUCCCUCCUACCUUUCCACAACCACAGCACGCAAGUCUGGAGCGCCCGCCAUGCCUCCUACUAGAGAAUACGAUCCCGAGAUUAAGGACAUUGCCGACUAUGUCGCCAACACGUCCAUUGACUCUGACCUCGCUUUCGACACGGCUCGAUGGAUUCUCCUAGACACUCUCGGCUGCGGCCUGGAGGGCCUGCGUUUCGCCGAGUGCACCAAGCUCCUCGGCCCCACGGUUCCCGGCACCAUUGUGCCCAACGGUACCAGGGUCCCCGGAACUCCCUAUGUGCUGGACCCGAUCAACGGAGCCUUCAAUAUUGGUGCCAUGAUCCGCUGGCUCGACUUCAACGACUGCUGGCUGGCCGCUGAGUGGGGUCACCCCUCGGACAACCUGGGCGCGAUUCUGGCCGUAGCCGACUGGGUCAACCGCACCAACAAGGCCGGUGGCAACUUGGCCGGCGGCAAGAUCUUCACUGUCAGGGACGUCUUGGAGGGAAUGAUCAAGGCCCACGAGAUCCAGGGCUGCCUGGCGCUUCUCAACUCGUUCAACAGGGUCGGCCUCGACCACGUCGUUCUCGUCAAGGUGGCCAGCUCCGCCGUUGUCGCCAAGAUGCUUGGCCUCGACUCCCAGGGCAUCGCCGCUGCCGUCAGUCAAGCCUGGGUUGACGGCCAGAGCCUGCGUACCUACCGCCACUCGCCCAACACCAUGUCCCGCAAGUCCUGGGCCGCUGGUGACGCCUGCCAACGCGCCGUCAACCUCGCCCUCAAGGUUCUCAAGGGCGAGCAGGGCGUGCCCACGGUUCUGUCCGCCCCCGGUUGGGGUUUCUACGAUGUCUUGUUCAAGGGAAAGAAGUUUGAGUACCAGCGUCCCUACGGAAGCUACGUCAUGGAGAAUGUCCUCUUCAAGGUGUCCUACCCAGCAUGGUACCAGGCUUGGAUGCUGACCACUUCUCGUGUGCGUUGUGCAGCCGAGUUCCACUCCCAGACGGCUGUUGAGGCUUCGGAGCGUAUCUACCACCAGCUCAAGAAGAUGGGCAAGUCCGCCGCCGACAUCAAGGGCGUCACCUGCCGCACGCACGAGGCCUGCGUGCGCAUCAUCGACAAACAGUUCAAGCCCUUGGAAAACUUUGCCGACCGUGACCACUGCAUCCAGUACAUGUGCGCCGUGAUGCUGACCUUUGGCCGCCUCGAGGCCAGCGACUAUACCGACGGCGGCGAGGCUGCCACGUCAGAGCUGGUCGAGUCCCUGCGCCGGAAGAUCAAGUGCGUCGAGGACCCCCAGUACACCAAGGACUACCACGACCCGGCCCUGCGCACGAUCUCCAACGCCCUCACCGUCGAGCUGAACGACGGCACCGUCCUGGACGAGGUGGCUGUCGAGGCACCCCUGGGCCACCGUCUCCGCCGUGAGGAGGCCAAGCCCUUCAUCCUCGAGAAAUACAAGCGUCACCUCGGCCCUCACCUGAGCGAGUCCCGCGUCAAGGAGCUCAUCGACCUUGGUCUCGACCCUAAGAAGCUCGAAAGCACCGCCGUGGACGAGUACGUUGACCUGUACACUGUCAAGGAGAGCAAGUUUCUCAACUAG